CAGCACCUGCCCUGCAUUCCAAAAUGGCGAUGUUGUCUGUCGAACAGCGGGUGCGAUGUGUUCGCCUUUUCUCGAUAACGGGCAGUGUUUCCGAGGUGCAACGCAGGAUGUUGGAGGAAUUUGGACCGCCUGAAGUGCAUAGGGACACGAUCUCCCAAAUAAACGAAAUAUUUGACCGGACUGGUAGCGCCAAUCACCCGAAUAAUCCUGGACCAUCGAAAAGCGUGCGAACUGACGAUAUAAAGAAUUGUCUUCGCGCCGAACUGGAAUCGUCCCCGCAUAAAUCGGAGUCAUCCAGACAAUUGUCUGCAAAGCUGAACAUUGGUAAAACAAGUGUGCUGAGGAUGUUGCAUGAAAUGAAACACACGCCCGACCAUCCACAUAAAUCUGCAAUGCCUUCAAAAGGUCGCAAAAGGAAGGUACAGGUGAAUGAGGAAGUGCCCUCUGCAGAUGGAGUGCAAGAAACAAAGAAGACCAAAGUGGCAUCAGGAGACAUGAAGGUGGUUAUUGAGCACUGCAAUAGCUGACGAGUAUAUCCGCGCAAUGCUGUUGCCCUGCAAAAGGCUAUUGAAGAGGCACACCCCAGUAUACCUGUGGAGUUAAACCCUCUCAAGCCUAGGCGAAACAGUUUUGAAGUUACAUUUGUGAAUGCUGCUGGAACAGAAAUAAGUUUAUGGUCUGGCCUUAAGAAGGGUCCACCGCGCAAACUGAAAUUUCCUGAUACAGCAGUUGUCCUCGAUGCUUUAAAAGGAGCACUUUAAUUUUAGUCACCUGAUGAAGAAAGAGGAGGCACCUGACUUUUCAGUUGUGGAGCAUCCAAUGACGAGGAAUGACCAAUGGAGCACCACCUCCAGUUACUCCUCUGAUGAAUUUGUAGCUUUGCAAUUGAGAAUGUGAUAUGUGCAGUUGAUUUGUUUGUUUUUUUUUAAGACUUUGUUUGGUUUUCUUUAUAUUCUUAAUAAAGUAAAAUUAAUAACA